UACGUUGUCCCCUUCACUUUGUUACGUCUAAUUAAUAUACGGUGCGGCUUUUUACUAACUUCAUCAUAGGUAACUCCCCGCUUCCGAGAACCUACCGAUCGAAGGUCGUGCGCAUGCGCGCUGGUUCAUUCAGCUUAGUGUGCGAUUGAAGCAAGCUUGUGAACGUAGAGACCAGACCUACAGACCUAGCCAGCUCUAGUGCCUCUAGUACCCACCGGGGAGCCGUAAGGGAGGGUUGCGAAGAUGACGGGCGUGGACGAAAUACUCAAUUACCAACGGAGCCCUGACGACGACUUCUACGCGUUGUUGGGCUGUGACGAAAACUCCAGCGUGGAGCAAAUUAUUGCGGAGUUCAAAAUACUUGCUCUGCAACACCAUCCUGAUAAGAAUGGCGGGGACAAAGAAGCAGAAGCCAAAUUUCAGAAAUUGAAGGAAGCGAAGGAAACACUGUGUGACCCGGCAAAACGAGCGCUGUACGACAAGUGGAGGCAGAGCGGCAUCGCCAUGGGCUACAAGCAGUGGCUCGGCAUGAAGGAGCACGUGCAGCAGUCCAUGCACUGGUCCAAGCCCAACACCAAGGACCGUAUGGUGGAGGGCGCGUCCGGCCCGUCCAGCCUCGGGCCGGCCGGCGGCGCCGCGCGCCGCGCCUCCGAGGGCGGCGCCGCGCUGUGGGGCCGCUGGGGAGGCAACCAGGAACCGCCCUCCGAGGUCAUCUCCAAGUUCCGCAACUAUGAAAUCUAAACCAUCGCCUACCCUUUUACAAAAUACACUGAGGGCCGUUUUAUUUAAUGUUCAAGAGAUUAUUUGUGCCCUAAUCUCUUGACCUGUUAGUAACGAAAUGUACUUAUUUUUUUACAAUUUCUCAAGUCACAAGUUUACCUUUUAUGUUGUUUGUUGACUCACCCAGGCUGUUGAACACUUGCCAGUUUUAUUGAAGUUGUAACUCGACGUAUUAUAAAAGUAAGGGUAAGUAAGUAUUAUUAAAUUAGAUAUAAAUGGCACAAUAUUCAUCAAGUCAGCUCAUUGAAUAAUGUUACUCGAAUGUGGCUCGAUAUCUUUUUCUGAGAAUUAUUAAAUGUUUGAUGUGUUUCAUGGUAAUAAAUGUACUCUGUUGCGAGUAGGCAGCGUGUUGACGUUAGGACCCCGUCCCUACCGAGAGUGAUUAGUGUCUAUAUCUUUAGUUUUAAGCUAUGCACAUUCCUAAAAACUUGCGAGUCUGAAUAAAAAGAAAACAUUUCUGCUGUAGAACAAUAUGUUAGUCUACUAAAGAAUCUAUAUUUUGAAGAUUUUAUAUUUUUGAUCCUCUUUUACGACUAUUUAUCUUACUGUAUAAGAAGUAAAUUACUUUUAAAGAGAGGGAGUGUGUGGAGAUAAUGUUGUGAGAUACGUACAGGGUAAAAUGAUGGCUUCUGUUACCUACUUAUCAAUGGUUUGACCUUGCGUUGAACUUCGUCAAUAUAUUAAUUUAUUUGUUUAUUGACAUUCGUAAUUGUCCUAAAAUAGGUGUUGUGUUCCCAUGCUAGAGUUGUGUAGACUUUUAAUAAAUCAUAUAAUGAUAUAUAUGUUGAUGUUUUACUAGUUUACUUUAAAUGUUUAUUAAAUCAUUGUUAAAAUAGUAGUAGAAAUUUAAAUUUGUAAUGUUUUAUCUGGAUAAGAAUCUCUAUCUAAAAAUAAUGCCAAAUGUAUAAGAUGUUUUUAUUUUUGAUGUAAAAUCACCUUUGACACAAUAAAGUUUACCGGACAAAAA